AGGCGUCACGUGCCUUCAUUCACCACCAUUGACCAACAUAUUUAGGUAUUCAUGUUCAAACAUAAUAGUAUAAAAAAUAAAAUGGAGCAAGAAUAGGGCCGAGAGAUGACUCUUCAGAGUUGUACGAAUGCAUGGCCUUGUAAAGAAAGCCAAAGCAACGCAGCCUCUGAGAACUGAAUCAUGGCCUGUUCCAGAUGCAUCUUUGCAGGGAUGAAAAUUUGGCUCUGACAGGUUCCUGGGCAGAUCGAUCACCACUACAUGAAGCGGCAAGUCAAGGGCGUCUUCUUGCUCUAAGGACUUUAUUAUCACAGGGUUAUAAUGUCAAUGCCGUCACCAUAGACCACGUCACCCCAUUGCAUGAAGCCUGUCUCGGAGGUCACGUGGCCUGUGCCAGAUCUCUUCUGGAAGCGGGAGCUAAUGUGAAUGCAAUCACGAUAGAUGGUGUGACGCCAUUGUUCAACGCAUGCUCGCAAGGCAGUGCCAGCUGUACAGAACUGCUUUUGGAAUAUGGCGCCAAAGCCCAGCUGGAGUCAUGUCUCCCAUCUCCCAUACAUGAGGCUGCCAGUAAAGGUCACCAUGAAUGUCUGGACAUCCUGAUAUCCUGGGGUGUAGAUGUGGACCAAGACAUUACUCAUUUGGGAACUCCUCUCUAUGUAGCUUGUAUGUCACAGCAAUUCCAUUGCGUCUGGAAGCUUCUUUAUGCUGGUAUUUUCCUUUAA